AGCUCCCUGACCACCAACUGCGAGCGGCGCUGAAGUCACUUUCCAAUCGCCACUCCAAUGUUUGGACCUGCCUUCCUCGCCGCGUCGAUCUCGCACGACAUCACCAAGCCCAUCGUGGCCACGGCGGCCUUUGAAGCCGGCACCGUCAUUUUCCACGAGGAAGCGUUCGUGUCGUCCAGCUUUGGCAACAUGGACAUGGACAACUGCUGCGAUGAGGAUUGCGAAGACGACGACUGCGGUGGCUGCGCCGAAGUCGAGGAGGAAGACGAGCCCGAGUCGCUCGAUGAAGACGACCUCGAAGCCGUCUCGCCCGCUGUCAUCGAGAACUUUGACAAGCUCAUGGAGUUUGCCGAGACGAAGGAGCCGCUCAACAUGGUUGACAUUCGCAAGAAUCUCUUCAAGUGCUUUCACCUUGUCGAGGCGGAUGCUGGCGCGCUCGCCCCUCUCUACGCGCUUUCCGUCAACGCCGAUGAGUCUGCCAACUUCCUCGACGCGGCCGUGGAUCUUCGUGCCCAGUUCCCCUCAGUCGUACCCUCGUGCAUGACGAAUGACAACGUUGCCCACGUCAUUGGUGUCCUCAACAAGCACUGUCACGCCCUGGAAGAGAUCAACGGCAGUGGUCUCUUUCUCUAUGUCUCGAAGCUUCCGCACGCGUGCUUGCCCAACUGCAACAUCACGGUCUCUGGCACGUCGAUGUGGGUCACGGCGAUCAAGCCCAUUGCGGUCGGCGAAACCUUGACGCUCGACAUCCUCGAUCUCUUUUACAGCCCGAUCUCGGACCGCCGCGAGACGCUUGCCGAGGACAAGAUGGAGUGCACUUGUGCGUCGUGCACGGGCGCGAUCCCCGACUUUGCCCGCGCCUUCAAGUGCAAGGCCGCCGACUGCGCCGGUAUCGUCCACCCGACGAACGGCGCCUUUGUCUGCACGACGUGCAACUACACGUUCUCGGCCGACGAGAUCGCUGAUGUCGAGAUGCACGAGAUCGCUGACGUCGACGAGAUUGGUGACGUCGAGACGCUCAACGAGUUGGACGGCGUCAUUGCGGCGUCGCCGUUGCACAAGUACCAUUUCGUCUUCUACCUCGCCAUCGAAGCCUUGAGUUCGGUCUCGAUGGACGACGAAGAACUUCCGGAGUCGGAGGCCGCCAAAAUCUACAACCGGGUGCUCGAGUGCCUCAACUACGUCGUGCCGUACCCGCACGACCUCAAGACGCAGCACUACGACCACCUCGCGCAGACGCUCAUCGGUGCCGGUGACAUCAACGGAGCGACGGAGGCUUACGAGAAGGCGUACGAGAUGUCGUGCCUCUGCUCGGGCAAGGACUUUGAGGAGUCGGUUUUGUACAAGAAGCUCGCCGAGAACACGCCCACGAACCGCGAAGAGAUGAUGGCAGCCUACGGCAUCGAAGUCGACGAGGACGAAGAGUAAGUUAGAGAUGGUGCGCCUAGAUUUGACGAAUCGCAUUUAUAUAAUAUUCCCGUGUCGAAGAUUUCUGUUGUUGCCA